CUCCAACAUGUGAAGGCGCAAAUUUGGUGAAUCAUCCGCCAUCCUAGCUCACAUAGGUAGGUCUUUUUAAAGCAAUCAAACACAUUAUCAAAAUAUCUAUUAAGACGUAGUCAACCUCAAUACACAUUGCAGACUCAAGCACUUACGUCAGGAUGACUUCUUUAAUUAAUGAAUUGAAAAAUAACGUAGUACAAAUAGUGCUGUAGUAAAAUAUACUCCAUUUGAGCUAGGAUUUUUCCACAGUUCUAACUUCUACGGAUUAAAGUAAGAGAUUCACCCCAUUCACCUAGUUUCGGUAUGCUCUUUAUAUGCUUCUUGCAAUCGAUGAGGUGUGAGGAAAAUUCAAAAGAGAGGUUAUUGUUAUUGUAGAUUGCGCCUCGCUUGCCUAGCUAUAGGGCUACAAUACACUGUACCAACAGUUAAAAUAUUGAAAAGGCAAGUCCAUCUUCUCCUAUAUAAUAAUGCACCCUUUCAGUUCUUUAACCGCACAUCGAAGCAACAGCUAACCCAAACGUCCACCUCUAGUCAGUUCCUUGAGCUAGCUUUGCUUCUCUCCUCAAUAAACCUAACCACUAGGGUUUCCAACACCCAUCUCCCCGAAGAAUACUGGGUUUCAUGGAUCUGAUCUAUAUAUUUUUUGUUUUCUGUAUGUAGGUGUUCUUGGGUAUGAUGCUCCAUCUUCUUUCGUUGUAGUUGUUUUGGGUUAAAAGAUGGAGUGAGAUUAGGGUUGAAAGAGUUGAGCUCCCCUUCUGUUCAAAUGGAGGAUGUAACUGGGACAAUAGAGCUGCUUGCCUAUGGAUCCCUCAGGCCUAUCCCUUGCCCAUGGCUGGAUAGGCUUGUGGUGUGCAUAUGUGAGGAGCUUCAUUUCCCACUGUUUAAAUCCUUGUUUGGAUUGAAGGGAGCUCUACCCCCACCUCUUCUUCUCGCUUUCCCUUUCUGUGCAAGUGAAAAUUUUAUUGCUCUUCGCACGCCUACCCAGCACGGCAGUGCGCUACAGUAUGCAUAUGUGAAACGUCACUUCUCACCUUUACUUUAUCGAUAUCUAUGCUGAGAAAUUACGCUGCAUAACUUUAUUUCGUCCAUUCAUUUGCAUCAUCUAAAUCGGAGAGAUGUUAAUUUAUACUUAAACAUAAAGAUAAACUUGGUAGAAUGUGGUGAAUCUCAUUAAUUACCUCGUUUAUUUGUUUUUUCAGAAUUCUUACAAUUUUGAGAUCGAUAAUAGAAUUAGCCCUAGUAUGUCAUUAAAUUGAUGCCCUCUUUUUUAACUAUAUAUAUGUAUGUGUAUAUAUGACAGCUGAGCUAUCAUAGCUGUGAAUCAGUGCGAGUUGCAAUAAUGAAUCUCGGAGCUGCAACGUUUUUUAUCUUUUCAACUUCUUGAUGGCUUUAUGGCUCGUUAAUAAAAAGAAUAGAUUUAAUUUCAUAGCCAUUAUUUAAUUGUCAGUAUUACCGGAAAGAUGUACGGACACUAUUUUACCAUUAAUAAGGUUUUGUUUGCAACCACUUUGUUUAAAUAAAAGCAUUUUUUUGGAAAAAGGUGAUUAGUAGUAAAAGUUGAUAGUGUUUGUUAAAAUAAGUGUUUUUUGUGUAAUAGAAAAAGUAAAAAGUAGAUUCUACACGAAAAUCAAGAUAGUAAAAUUUGGUAGCGUUUGGUAAAAUAAGUGCUUUUUUUCUUAAAAAAACCAAAGGCAUUUAUAAAUAAAGUUUGCAAACAGAGCCUAAGUUAAUACAGUUUUUUUAUUUCCAAAAUUUACAGGUUUAUUUGCAACAACAAACUGAUUCAAAAUAUUUGUUUUAAGAUUGGAUUUUCCAUUUACAGGUCCUGGAAAUUGGCUUUAUAGAUCUUGCGAGACUUUGCAAUCAAUUCCUUAUCUAACCCACUGCUUUUAUGGCUGACUUCUUGGAUUUACAGUGCCAGAUGAUGACUCUCACAACUAAACCUAGCUGCAUCUUUUGUCCACACUUGGCUUGUACCUUUUCUAUUUGUAGUUUGCAUGUUAUUUUUCGCCAUUUUUCCAAAAGUAAUUCCGGGUCGUUGAUUGUGCUAUGAAAAGUAAAUUCAAUUUUGGAAGAUCAUAGUUAAAAUAAUUUCCAUAGUUAAAAUAAUUUCCAGAAAAUUGUUGGCUGACAUACGAAAUUUUUAUUUUGACAUCAAAAUAUCUAACUACCCAACUAAAAAAUGAGACCUCAAAUUAAAAUAGUUUGUUUUUUCUUUAAAUGAUUGUAAUUUGUUUGUAUGUAUACUAAUUUUAAUAUAAAGUACAUCAACAUUUAUGAAUUUGAAUAAGCAUUCAUUUCUAACUAGAGCUACUCUUUUCUUAAAUAAAAGCAACAUUUUAAUUUUUAUAUUAUGCACAUGUUCUAUUUUGAUUAUGUUUUAUUUAUUAAUAUAAUAUAAUAAUAUAUAUUUUUUAAGAAAAAAGUAGUGUUAGAUUUGUCUCAUUGUCAAUUUUUAUAUUCUAAUUUUUUUAAAUUUUGUACUAAUACAACAUCAUAUAUAUUAAUGAUUAAAUUUGUGUCUCAAUAAGUGAAAUGUUGAUCGUUGCAUUUAUUUAAAAACGGAAUAAGGAUAGCAAAUGUAAUUUCAAUUGACUCAUUUUUUUAUCAUUUAAUUGACUCUCAUUUAGUUAUAAGUGUCCUUUAUUAAAAAUGAUUAUGCAAUAAGGAUGUUUUUUGAAUUGAUUUGUUCUGAACUAGUCUAGUGUGAUUUUGUAAACAUUUAAUUUCUAUUUAUUUUAUAAUCAUUAAAGUUUGGUAUGAUAUCAUAUGAUUUAUAUCAUAUGAUUUAUAUAGUCUAGGAUUGAAAAUAAUUAAAAGAAAACCUUCUCGCUCCGUAUUAACUAAAUCUUACUAAAUCUUGCCUACUGUUUGUAGGCUAUUGGUUUUUCCCAUCCUGAAAUUCAAAAUUCUAUUUUCAAUUGAAUUCUGUUCGAUUUUUUUAAUUAUAUUCUUUCUAUUCUUUGAGAUUGUUUCAUUUGUUUUUUUUUCAGCACGCUGCACCAAAAUUGUUUUGAAUUGAAUGUUCCUAUAAGAUGGUUUCAUUUGUGUUUUUUUCCAAUGACUUGCCGAGGAAAAUUUGUACUACGUAUUUUCUUUUCAAACAUUGAAUGACUUCAUACGACACUAGUUUAGUGAAUUCUUAGAUAAAAAAAAAUUAUGAAUCGAAAAAUGUUAAUAGUCGAACCGUUCUCGGCUUCGUAAAUAAUUUAUAAAAAUCAGAUUUUCAAGAGUUGGCAUGUGUCGAAACCUUUGUGUUGGUCCAAAUUCCAAUGGAGGAUUUGGUAGAUCAAUGCCACAUUCUGGAGACUAUCACGGCCUAAGAUUUUCAAGAGUUGGCAUGUUUACUUAUAAUUUUGUUAAAAUUUCAUAUUUUUGUUGAAGUUGAUUAAUAUAAGAAAAAUUGUGUAAUUAAGACUUUGUAGAAGAGAGAGUAUUAGUAAGAAUUACAAAUUAAAUAAUUAAAAUAUAAAUGAAAAAGUUAUUGGUGAAAAAGUUAUUGUGUAAAAAAUUCAAAAUGAGACUAGAUCCAAAAAAACCUGAUAAAAAAUAGGUGGGAUUUCAAAAAUAUUACAAAUAAUAAUAAUAAUUUACACAAAAAAUAUUGCAAUAGAGUGUCAUUAUAGUUAAAUGGGGGAUAAGGCUUAAAUGGGGGAGCAUCCCCGAAUCAAAGGCUUUUAUAGGAAUGAUCGUUUUGGUCAUCCAAUAGCGAGGAUGCACUUGGCCAAUCACAAUUAUUGUUAAACUUUCAAAUAAAGAAACGCCAACCGCCUUCGGUCUCUGAAAAUUCUUAGAAGAUAUUUUAGUUGUGAUCAAUUAUAUUUUAUGUGCUUGUAAUAAUUUAUUUUCCCAGAAUAGAUCUAGUGAAAUUAUUGUAUUCAAUCUAAAAUGUCUAAGGGCCUCACAUAGAAAUUUGGGCCCAUGAUUAUGAAAUGACGUGCAUAGAUACCCAAGGUAUAAAUACUUAUCGCAUUAGGUGUCUGUGCAUCGGCGUGAAUUAUUCUCAAAGUGCCGCAGGCAUCAUUUUUAGCGUGAGAGUGAGAAGGAGAGAUAUUCAUCAUGUAAAAAAUUCUGAGAUCAUUAUCAAUGAAUCCUCAUCUGUUUCUUCUGUCAUUUCUUGUGUAUCCUAUUCUCUAUUGCUGAUUUCUGGGUUCCAGCAUAUGGUAUUAGAGCAGACGAGGUGUCAAUCCAUUAUCUUCAUUGUUCUCGCACUCUAUACUCGACGAACAAGAAGAAGAUUAAAUCACUCGUGAUUCGAGCUCGAAAACAUAUGGAAAACAUUCCAUUGGCAUCGCCUUAUUAUUGGGAUUAUUUUCAUACAUUGCAUUUGAGUUUUCAACAUGUUUGAAUCACAGGUCAAAAUUCUGCAUAACGAAGAACUGGUUCAGCUCGAAGACCACAAGUUCGAACUCCAAAGCUCGAGCCCACUUCUUGAGACUUAAGUUCGAUCAUCAAGUUAGAGUCUACGUCGAAAUAUUUUUCUAACUCCACAUGUGUUCGUAACCCCACAGCUUGAGAUCUCAGAGUUCGAGACCCCAGAGUUCGAGACCCCAAGGUUCGUUACCUAAGUUCGAGCUCGUCUUCUUGAAGCUUUCAAGUUCGAACUCAUUCUGUCUGAAAUUCUGCCAUGUUUAGAUCAAUUCGAGGUUCCAUUCGAAGUUCGAAGUACAAGUUCUUGAGGUUCAGACUUCUUAGACUCCUCAACUAAUUUGAUCAAAUUACCUUGACGAUCACAAUCAACAAUGGACACUCUGUCUAUCGAAAAUGACAUAAGAACUCCAAUUCUUCAAAGGGGGGAGUAUACAGUGUCGAAGAACUGAUUCUUGAUUUUUUAGAAAGCAAGGAUAACUCCGUUCAGAAUGGGAAAGCACAGAUUUGGACUCUUGUUCCAGGAACUACUGACAAUAACCCUCCCGUUGGAGACGGAAGAAGACAAAAUCAGAUUUCGUGCCGACCUAUCAAGAUGGCAUCAGAUUCUGUGCCGACCUACUUUCCAAAACUAUCUCCUUUAGGCUAUCCGAAAUCACAUCUACAUGCAUAUUGACAAAUGCCAACUGCUAAAAAGAUGUGGGGUGAAAAUUUCAAGAUAAUGCAAGGAAUGGGGAUAGAUGUGAAGGCGAAAAAAGCAAACACUUUCACUGCGUAUGACUCUUUCAAGGCUAAACUCAAAGAAUAUCUUGAAGACUCAUACAUACUAUUCCUGAGGCUGGUAAACGAAAUUGGAAAGAUAAACGUGCACUAGUCAAACAUGGAGCUGAAUGUUAGAUUUCUAUCUUCUCUGGCCCAAGAAUGGAGCAAGUUGUGCUCACACAUCCGCCACACAAAGGAUUUGGAGGAGAUAGACAUUCACGUUGUGUACAACACCCUUGAUCAGUAUGUUGAUGACUUCUCAGACCCCGUUGUUGAAGAAAAGGGCAAGGCGGUUGUUGAUACACUUGCUGACACUCUGGCACUAAUGCUUGACAGACCCUCCAAAUCUAUUUCUAACGAUAGAAAGAGACGAUGAAGACUAUUACUCCUGAAAGUGAAGAAAGUGAAGAAGAUGAAGAUAUCACUGAUAAUGAAUUUAUGGACUUUCAAAAACAGCUAGCUUUUCUGACGUCCAAAUUCAACAACAGGAUCUGGAAAAAGAAUAACUCCUCCUCUAACAGGCUUCACAAGUCCUCAACCAGCUCCAAGCGCAAAGAUAGACCAUUUGACACUUCUAUGUCAAAGGAUGCUGAGGAUGUUCCUAAAUGCUUCAAGUGUCGAAAGCUAGGAAAUCUUAUUAAGGAUUGCAGGCUGCCUAAGAAGAACAAGGAUGUUAAGUAAUACAAACAUAAGAUACACUUGAACGAGAAAAGACUAUUGUUAGCUGAUCGGGCUAAACUUGCAACCAUAUAAUUGCCGAUAUAGUAAUAAAAUACCGGUAAAUACUGGGUCGAUCCACAAGGAAAUGAUUGAUAAUAUAAAGUUGAGUAUUGAGUGAGAUUGGUUUAAACAAGAAGGGAAAAUGGUCAAAUAGGCCCUCAAACUUACAUAAAAAGGUCAAAUAAGCCCUUAGAUAGGAGACUUUGUCCGGCCGUCGCCAUUUGGGCAGUUCCCGGUGGAAUUUUUUAAUGAAUGUUUUUGAAAAUCUUAUUCAUUAAGUCUAGUUUCCUCAUACCAAGUUUCAGCUAACAAUUCAAUCGGGAAGAUAUUCAAAUGACUUCUUGAAGAUAACUGCGAUUUUAACUGCACAGUUAUCUUCAAGAAUUCAUUUGAAUAUCUUCCCGAUUGAAUUGUUAGCUGAAAUUUGGUAUGAGUAAACUAGACAUAAUGAAUAAGAUGCUCAAAAAAUUUCAUCAAAAAAUUCCACAGGGAACUUCCCCAAAUGGCGAUGGCCGGACAGAGCAUCCUAUAUUAGGGCUUAUUUGACCUAUUUUUUUGUUAGUGCGUGGGCUUAUUUGUCCCUUUCCUCAAAAAAGAAUGAGAAUUACUAAGGCAAUCGAGAUUCACCGAAAUGUUUAAAUAGGAUUUAAUACUAGUUUUUUCCCAAUAAUUAUGAAUACGAUGUCGCUAAAAUAUUCUCAACUCCGGUUAAGGCAGCGAGAGCGUGGUUUUCAUUACGUGUAAGUCCCGUUACGGCUUACGUUCAUCUACCGAGAAUCCCGUUGAAUAUCAAGACAUCACACCCGUAUCAUAUAAGACCAGAUAUAUUUCUUUUCUCGAUACUAUAUAUGUUUAUCCUUUAAUGUUCAUAGUUUAAACUUCAACAUCAAUUGCAAGCAUAAACUAAAUUUAACAUACUUCUAUGUUGUACACCAUAGUCAUAAAUAAUCAAAAUAUAAAGGAUAAAUCACAAUUUAUUGGUUUAGAACUUUAAUCAAACACCUAGUGGGCAUAGAGGUGCAUCCCUAGCCUUAGCUAAUAACUUAGUCUCUAACGCUCAUAUUAACCAAGAUUACAAUACUAUGAAUGGAGAAAAACAUGUAAAUAUAAAGGAAAUAUUACCUAAACAUCAGUGGUUGGAAGAAAUGAGCUUCCACACCUUAAGCACGCCAUGAAGAACAAAUAAAACUAUAAAAACUAGUUAUCAACUAAUGGAUUAAAUUGGGAUUUAAUGAUAAAUUUGGGAUGAAUUGGAGGGUUUAUAUAUGCUUUAAAAUGAUCUCUGAUGGUCUAUUCAUGAUAGAUCCUCAAUUAAUUUGGGGCGAAAUUUCUAAGUCAUACCUUCCAAAUAUCUUCAAAUCAACUAAAAUAUCCGAGCACGUUGUCUAGUUGCAUCAUCAUCUUAAAAAUUUGAUUAUGAAUAACGUUAAAUUAAAUGAGUAUGUUAAUUUAGUGGCUCCGGUGGAGAUUUUUAACUUUGACAGGCAAAACUGGUUUGUUUUCGUUUGUAAUGAAGGGAACUCAGUUAUUUUUUAGUCU